ACAACUCGGGAACACCCGACAGUCCUCGACGGCAGUCUCCUGUGGAAAGAAGUGGUUCUCCACGUUGCACAGAUCAGGAAGCGAUCAGCGCCUACUCGUCGUCACUCUCUCAAGCUAGCUCGUCGUCCAAGAACCGUCUACUGUGAUAUGGCCGGAUUGAUCCACCGUCAGGGUUCCGUACUGGUGCGCCGACUCCUUUCCAGCAGGCCAUGGAAUUCGGCACUUCCGGCACAAUUUCACACCUGUUCGUUGCUGGACAAGCAGAUUUCGUUCAACCUGUCGGAUAUUGGCGAGGGAAUCCGUGAGGUGACGGUCAAGGAGUGGUUCGUGAAGGAAGGCGAUGUGGUCGAGCAGUUUGACAAUCUGUGCGAGGUGCAGAGCGACAAGGCUUCGGUGACGAUCACCAGCCGGUACGACGGCAAGAUCGUCAAGCUGCACAAGCUGGUCGACGAGAUCGCGCUGGUCGGGAAGCCUCUGCUGGAUUUUGACGUCGAGGAAGAUGCGGAUGACAGCAGCAGUGACAGCAGUUCGGACGAGGAGGUCGAGGUAUCGCAGCAGGCCGUGGCUGCAUCGGUGAUCUCCAGUGGAAAGGUGCUGGCAACGCCUGCUGUUCGAAGGAUCGCCAUGGAGAACAAGGUCGAUUUGAGAUCGGUCAAAGCAUCCGGACGAAAUGGACGGGUGCUGAAGGGGGACGUUCUGGAAUUCCUCAACAUCAUUCCCGAAGGAACUGUCAAGCCACACCCAUCGAUCGCGGCUCAGCAAGCCAGGACUGCCGCUGCGGCAGCACCAGCUGUCAAACCACUCGAAUUGAAGCAGGCCGAGACCGUGGUGCCGCUGAAGGGCGUUGCCAAGGCAAUGUACAAAUCCAUGGUGGAAGCACUGAAAAUCCCGCACUUUGCCUACAGCGACGAGAUUGACGUCUCAAAGCUGGUACAGGUUCGGGAAGACCUCAAAAAAGAAGCCCUUGCCCAGGGAGUCAAACUGACCUACAUGCCGUUCUUCGUAAAGGCCGCCUCGAACGCCCUCAAGCAGUUCCCAAUCCUGAACAGCUCGUUCUGCGAGGCCACCGAAAGUCUGAUCUACAAGUCGUACCACAACAUUAGCAUCGCCAUGCACACUCCGCAGGGGUUGGUCGUGCCAAACGUCAAAAACGUCGACCAAAAAUCGAUCCUGGAGAUCGCGGCCGACCUGAACGCCCUUCAGGAACGGGGCGCCAAAAACGCCCUCCUGCCGGAAGACUUUGCCAACGGCACGUUCUCGCUGUCCAACAUCGGAAUCAUCGGUGGCACGUACACCCACCCCUGCAUCAUGGCGCCGCAGGUGGCGAUCGGGGCCAUCGGCAAGACGAAGCUGCUGCCGCGCUUUGACGCGUCCGGUGCGGUCGUGCCGGCCCACAUCAUGAACGUCAGCUGGUCGGCGGACCACCGCGUCAUCGACGGCGUCACCAUGGCGAGCUUCUCGAACGCGUGGAAGGCGCUCCUGGAGAAUCCGCAGCUGUUUUUGCUGAGCGCGAAGUAGGCGAUUUGUUUACCUUUUUUUUCGGCACCAUCAGAAACGUCAAACCGUACAAAAUUGCUGCCGGAUCUUUUCCGGGAGGGAUAUAGAGAAAGGCCCAGCAGCAAUUUGUACUGAUUUGACGUUUGCAGAGGGUAACGGAAAGUUUGGUUAUGUUACUGCUUGCAAAAACAUGUUGUUAUGUUACUGCUUGAGAAACACACACACAGGAACGAUUGCAUUUAUGGAAGUAGCGUUUAGAGAAGGAGAGGGAGACACCAAUAUUGCAUUUAUAUGAAUAUUUUUUUUUUCUUUGGAGAAGUAGGCGGUGUGGCGCGCAGCGCCAUCUUUGUUUGUUUUAGCCAUACAAGUGAAACGUCAAACGUUCGAGACUAGGUCUGUACAUAUAUUAUCGAAAUAUAUUGAUUUAAAGCA